CCACCUCUUCAAGUCCAGUCCACCUCGAAGCUGUGCCACCCUUUGAGCUAACGCAUACACUCUAGCCAAGACCAUCAGGCAGUCAGAAUGGCUGCUGAUCCGCGCUACUUUGAGCUGUGGACCAAAGGGCGUCAGCCUCCGCCGAAGCUGGCGACGGAGGACAAGCCUCGUGACAGCAAGCCAAAGGAAAAGAAGGAGCCGACUUUGAACAUCAGGUUGGACGUUCCAGGUGGCGUCUCGUAUGCUCCAGACCAGACAGCUCCUCAUAAUCCCCAGAAGCGCCUCUUUGUGCCAUUUAUGGACGAUGGAUCUGGACGGCAAUUUUACAAUUUUCAAGCUGAUUUGGAGCAGAGAACCUCGAGCAAGCCUAAGAGCGACGCCUGGACCUCAGUUGAUGGCAAUGCAGGGCCACCAGAGCUGCUAGAAGCAGCGAAAGAGAAUGAAACGGACGCCAAAAAGUACAUGCGUUCAAUAGAUAUGACGCCGCGAAGUCCUACACUGGAGGAACACUUUUCGGCAGUGCAUUUGCCCCAGCCUCUAGAUGCGGGAAGCAGCGACGUAACGGGCACGGACGGCGCGACGAUUGGCACCGGACGUAGCGCAGCAUCCUCAAAGACGGCUACAUUUGCGCGAGAGCUGGCUGCUCAAUCCACAUCCACGGGCCUCGCUCCUCGCGUGGUUAGGGACAAUAUGGCCAUCACAAGCACCCGAGUGCCAGGGUCCAUCGUGGGUAGUAAUAAGGUGGACACGAGCAGGUCCGCGUAUCGAGUGAUGGACGAGCCCACGGCAGAGGAGAAAGCUAGAGGAUUCACAGAGUACGAAGAACGUAGCGGACCUGGUCGAGUGCCCGCAUUGCAAAUGGAUCAGACAAGCCAGGCUGGUUGGAGGAAACCCCGAGUGGCAGACGAAUUUGUGGCGGACCCCAGGAUUUGGAGACCAUUGAGGCUGGUGAGAAGGACGGAUCCCACUCAGAUGCUCAUACUGUGCGCCGGAUUAGAGCUGGACAAGGCGCAAGCCGCAACGAUGGUGGCAGCUAGGUCGAAGGCGGUUGCCGCCAGCAUGCUCGAGGGGGACACUGCAGAGCUCUUGAAAAUGUUUGGAGAUAGCGAAGGUGCCAAAAACCGAGCGGGACUUGGCGCUUAUUUCGUCCCGCCUGCCACAAAAGGCGAGGGAGAAGCUCGCGCAGAGCCUAACCUCAGUCGGAGGUUGGAGAUGCCGUCGUUUGAGCAGAAGACGUCAGGAAGGAGAGCAGCUCUAAGAGCGGUGAUUGCUGGCUUGGAAUACUGCAGGUGGGAAGACGAAGGAUUCGACAAGGUCGUCAUCGGCACGAGCGAAUGGUGGAUCGUUUCUGCAAUCACCAAUGACAUCUGGACCUGGCGUCGAAACGGCUGGACUUUGACUGAAGGAAGCGACAUGGGCAUGCCCGGGGACAGCGUCCCGGACAGGGAUCUGUGGGAGCUCUUGGAUAGCGUGGUGAAGGAAUACGAAAAGCUCGAUUUCACAGUCAGAUUUUGGCUCUUGCCUCGCAGCGAGACUCGUCCAGCAAAGGAGCUAGCCGAGGAAGGUGCUCGCUCAUUCGCUUCCCUCGCGCCACUCAGCUCAAAGACAAUCAGCAACCUGGUCUGGUCAAAUGGCGAAAGAAGCGACGAGAGGAAGCUUAGUGCCAAGGCCAGCUGUCCCAGCUGUCCCAUCGUCAGCACCACGCUGCAGCGGCCUGAUUCACUCACUGAUGCAGUGCAGUGGGCAAUCCAAUGCCUCGGCGCUGAAUUCCGAAGCAAGCGCAUCGAGGUCAGCGAAUGCGUCGCAGCAAGGAAGCAGAGAACAAUCACGGCACAGAGUCUCGAUCAGCAAGCGCUUGAAGCGCUUGUUACAAUUUGCUCUUCAACGCUCUUGAAGAGCUCAGGACUAGUUGAAAUGGUAUUGUUUCAUCGCCGGCUGCGAGCGAUGCAGAGCUUGCAUGAACUCACGACGAUGGAAGCACAGACUGGCGGGUCGACACCUGCGCCGCGAAUGAAAGAGGCGACGUUUCAGCGAAUGCGCGAGGAGCAAGGAAAUCUUGCCGUUGGCCUGACACCUGUGCCCAAGCCACACGCAGCCGUGCUGCCCAAACCUCGAAUCGCUGUAGGCCCUACGCCCUGCCCAUCAUCCACCUCGCUGCGUACCGUCUCCCACCUCGGCCGUGCAAGCGCAAGGGCCACUACGUUGGACCACGAGGGACCCAACGUCAAGCUCUCUCUCUUGAAUGAAAGAGACUUUGCUCUUGAAGACGGGAACGCGAACAAGGCACUCGCGUCAUCCUCAAUGGGAGCGCCGCCAAGCUCGAACUUUUGUGUCUUUGGGACGAGCAGGGAAGAGGAGAGGAGAGCGAGGGAUCUGCUCCGAACGCCCGUUUCGAGUCGCGCGUUGCUGCAUGAGUUCCUGAUGUCUUGGUUCAAAUUUACAGGAUCUUCCGCCAAGCCCUCCAACGUCUGCCUCUUCUUCCUCAUGGCUGCGACUGCGAACGGCGCUGGCACAUUGCCCGUGCGAACGGCAUCCGUGGAGCGCAUCACCAACGAGACGAAGAUCAAGUGCACGCUGAGCCUGGAUGUGCAUCCUCAAGCUGCACCGCAGACCAUCAGUGUCAAGACUGGCAUCGGAUUUUUGGAUCAC